GGUACCUGUACAUUAAUCUGUCUAACGACGCUCCCCGCUCAGCUAUCUAUCGACGGAGGCCAUCAUCUAACCAGAGGACUUGACCCGAGCCCGAGCAAAACGGGCAAAUAAUCCAUUUCCCCGCUGAUAUGAAGGCGAAGUACUCCGACCACAUCAACGCGGUGUGUGCAUGAUGAGCUGCUGCUGAGGAGGAGGAGGAGGAGGAGGAGAAGGAGGCUGCGGUCUGAAACUAGAUUGUAUCCUGGAUAUUUCGGAAGAAACGUCGUGUCGUUCACACAAGGAGGCUGCGCAUCAAUUUAACAUGUUAAUGUGCGCCACAGACGGCCUCUUUCCAUCCCAGUUUUAGGGAAAGAGGAGGGUGGGUUUGCUCGUAUUCUGCCUCCUGAGGAAUUCUCCAGCAGCGGGACGCUGAACGUUUUUGCUCCAGAUAUGGAGCGUGAAGAUGCGGAUCACACGGGGGUCCCCGCCGCCGGUUUCACCGCAUUAGUUUCAUUAUACACACCGGUGCGGCGUUGUUUCUGGCGGGAAUAAAACCGAACUAUGAAUAGAUAUUUUCUCGCCAGAGGAAUAAAUCGGUGAUUUUUUGUUUGGACUCGAGGAAGCUCUAACGCUAGCCUGUCCGUACGAGCUCUUAACGUUAGCUCCAUUAGCCGGCUAACGGCUACAAAGGUACUGGCUGGAGAUUUAAGGGAAACAAUACAAAAACAGCUUUUUAAUAAUUGUGAGCAGGUUUUGCACACGUCUCCUGCCCCUCGACAUAUUUAUUCGCAAGGUUUGGGAGGAUUUACUCGUCCAGGAAUGAGGUCUCAAACGGAAAGGAGCCGCUUGACCUUGUUUUGGAGUCUGAUGCUGGGUCUGUCGUUCUGCCUCCGGCCCGCCAUUGCAGAGAUCUGCGGUCCCAGCAUCGACAUCGGGAACGACAUCAGCGAGUUCCGGCGCCUGGAGAACUGCACGGUGGUGGAGGGCUACCUGCAGAUCCUCCUCAUUGGCGACAAGAACAACAACAACGUCCAUCAGGAUGUCUUCCGCUCGCUCAGCUUCCCCAAGCUGACCAUGAUCACCGACUACCUGCUGCUGUUCCGAGUGUCCGGCCUGGACAGCCUGAGCACGCUCUUCCCAAACCUCGCCGUCAUACGUGGGCGGAACCUCUUCUACAACUAUGCGCUGGUGAUCUUCGAGAUGACCAGCCUGAAGGACAUCGGCCUGUACAACCUGAGGAACAUCACCCGCGGAGCCAUCCGCAUCGAGAAGAACCCCGAACUCUGCUACCUGGACUCCAUCGACUGGUCGCUCAUCCUGGAUGCAGAGUUCAACAAUUACAUUGCUGGAAACAAGCAGUCCAAGGAAUGCAGCGACGUCUGCCCGGGUAUCAUGGAGAACAACCCCCAGUGCAAGAAGACCAUGUUCAACAACAACUACAACUACCGCUGCUGGAAUUCCAAUCACUGUCAGAAAGAGUGCGCGGAGAAAUGUGCGCGCCAAGCGUGCACGGCGGACGGCGAGUGCUGCCACGCUCAGUGUCUGGGCAGCUGCACGGCCCCCGAGAGCGACGCGGCGUGCGCGGCGUGCGCACACUACUACCACCAGGGGCGCUGCGUUGCCGACUGCCCUCGCAAUACCUACAGGUUCGAGGGCUGGCGGUGUGUCAGCAAAGAGCUCUGCUCCAAAGUCCACCUGCCCGACUUCAACAGCUUCGUCAUCCACGGAGGAGAGUGCAUGUCGGAAUGCCCGCACGGGUACAUGCAGACCGCACCCAACAGUAUGUUCUGUAAAGCCUGCGAUGGUAUGUGUGAUAAAGUGUGCGAGGAGAAGGUCAUCGACUCCGUGGAUGCCGCUCAGUCCCUCAAAGGCUGCACUGUUAUCAAAGGCAACCUGCACAUCAACAUCCGCCGAGGCCACAACAUGGUGGCAGAGCUGGAGAGUUUCACAGGUCUGAUCCAGAGGGUGACCGGUAACGUGCGGAUCCGACACUCCCACACUCUGAGCUCGCUGGCCUUCCUCCGCAGCCUCCGACACAUCGAUGGAGACAACCUUCUGGACGACAUGUACGCCUUCUCGGCAGUUGACAACCAGCAGCUCCAGUAUCUUUGGGACUGGAAGCAGCACAACCUCACCAUCAAGACGGGAAAGCUGUUCUUCAGGGCCAACCCGAAGCUCUGCAUGUCCGAGAUCCGCAAGAUGUGGGAGAAGACGGGCAUCCAGGGCCGCUUCGAUGAGAGCGAUUUCCGGAACAACGGCGACCGGGCCAGUUGUGAAAGCACGAUCCUGACGUUCAAGUCCAACAGCACCAGCAGUACAAGGAUCAAACUGACCUGGCAGCGCUACCGCCCCCCCGACUACAGAGACCUCAUCAGCUUUAUCGUCUACUACAAGGAGGCGCCAUUCCAGAACAUCACAGAGUUUGAGGGGCAAGACGGCUGCGGCUCCAACAGCUGGAACAUGGUGGAUGUGGAGCUGAGGCUGGACAAGGACUCUGACCCCGGAGUUCUGCUGUCCAACCUGAAGCCCUGGACGCAGUACGCCGUGUUCGUCAAGGCCAUCACACUCAUGGUGGAUGACAAACAUUUGCCGAGUGCCAAGAGCAAGGUGGUCUACAUCCGCACCAGUCCUUCAGCGCCCUCCAUGCCUCAGGAUGUGCGAGCAUACUCAAACUCCACUACGCAGCUGGUGGUGCGCUGGUCGCCGCCCAUCUCGCCAAACGGGAACCAGACUUACUACCUAGUGAGGUGGCAGCAACAAGCCGAAGACCGAGAGCUGUAUCAGCACAACUACUGCUCCAAGGAGCUGAAGAUCCCCAUUAGGAUCGCUGCCAUAGGCGUGGGAGACCAGGAGGAGGACACCAAGCCCACUAAGCCAGAUCCCGACGGGCCGGACAAAGGCCCCUGCUGCCCCUGCCCCAAAUCAGUCGAGGACCUGGAGGCGGAAGCUGCCGACGCCUCCUACAGAAAAGUCUUUGAGAACUUCCUGCACAACUCCAUCUUCACACCAAGGCCGCCAGAUCGCCGGCGCCGAGAUCUCUACGGCGUAGCCAACUCCACUCAGCCCCGCCACAGCAGCACCAUCCAGCCUCCCCGAGCCGCGGACAACAGCAGCGCCGCGGCAGACUUGGAGCCGGCCGACAGGGAGUUUGAUUUCGUGGAGCAGGCGGUGACGGAGCGCGAGCUGCAGAUUUCUGGCCUGCAGCCAUUCACGGUGUACCGCAUCGACAUCCACGCCUGCAACCGGCAGGUCCAGCGCUGCAGCGCCGCGGAGUUCGUCUUCUCCAGGACCAGGCCCGCAGAAAAGGCUGACGACGUACCCGGCCCGGUGACCUGGGAGGGCAACGAGGACUGGGUGUUUCUGCACUGGCUCGAGCCUCCUCGCCCCAACGGGCUCAUCCUGAUGUAUGAGAUCAAGUUUAAACUGGCUGCUGAGACCGAGAAGCACGAAUGUGUCUCUGGUCAGAUGUAUCAGACCCAGCGAGGCGUUCGGCUGUCCAACCUUGGCCCAGGAAACUACUCUGUCAGAGUGAGAGCCACGUCGCUGGCUGGUAACGGCUCAUGGACACACGCUCUGGAUCUCUACGUGGCGGAACGAUACGAAAACAUGCUCUACGCCAUGAUCUUCGUUCCUAUCGUCAUCAUCCUCCUCGUUUGUCUUUUGGUCCCAAUGCUGGUGGUCCUCAGCAGGAAAAGGAGCAGUGACCGGCUUGGAAAUGGAGUCCUGUACGCCUCGGUCAACCCCGAGUACUUCAGCGCCGCGGAAAUGUACGUACCAGACGAGUGGGAGGUGGCUCGGGAGAAGAUCGCCUUGAGCCGCGAGCUCGGCCAGGGGUCCUUCGGCAUGGUGUACGAGGGCCUGGCAAAGGGCGUGGUCAAGGACGAACCGGAGACUCACGUCGCCAUUAAGACCGUCAACGAGUCGGCCAGCAUGAGGGAGAGGAUAGAGUUUCUCAAUGAAGCUUCUGUCAUGAAGGAGUUCAACUGCCACCACGUGGUUCGUCUCCUGGGAGUGGUUUCUCAGGGCCAACCCACCCUGGUCAUCAUGGAGCUGAUGACGCGAGGGGACCUGAAGAGUUACCUGCGCUCCCUCCGACCUAAAGAUCAACAGUGGUCCAGUCUGUCUCUGCCUCCCCUGAAGAAGAUGCUUCAGAUGACCGGGCAGAUCGCUGACGGCAUGGCUUACCUCAACGCUAACAAGUUUGUCCACAGAGACCUGGCAGCCAGGAAUUGCAUGGUGGCCGAGGACUUCACCGUUAAGAUAGGAGACUUUGGCAUGACCAGAGACAUCUACGAGACUGAUUACUACCGCAAAGGUGGUAAGGGAUUGCUCCCUGUCCGCUGGAUGUCACCCGAGUCUCUGAAGGACGGGGUCUUCACCACCACCUCGGAUGUCUGGUCAUUCGGGGUGGUACUGUGGGAAAUCGCCACCUUGUCAGAACAGCCCUACCAGGGUCUGUCCAAUGAGCAGGUGCUCCGCUUCGUCAUGGAGGGAGGGCUGCUGGAGAAACCGCAGAACUGUCCCGACAUGCUGUUCGAACUGAUGAGAAUGUGUUGGCAGUACAAUCCCAAGAUGCGUCCGGCCUUCGUGGAGAUCAUCAGCAGCCUGAAGGACGAGCUGGACCCGUCUUUCCGAGAGGCAAGUUUCUUCUACAGCGCCGACAACAAGUUGUCCGAAGCUGCUCAGCACCAUGUGGACACGGACAGCGUGGACACGGCUCCUCUAGACGCCGCGUCCUCCACGCAGCAAACCCCAGUCAACCCCCAACAGACCCCGCCGUCCCCGAGCUCAGAGGCUCCGCCCGCCCCGUCGUUAGCGCCCAGCUCGCCUUCCUCUCCCUGCACGUCGAGCGCCGCCGUGGACAAGCAGCCGGCCGGCCAGCAGGCAGCCAACGGGCUGUCGGGGGCGGGCCUCGCGGCGGGGGCGGGCCUCGCGGCGGGGGCAGCGAUGCCGUCACUGGACGAACUUCCGCCCUACGCCCACAUGAACGGUAGCCGCAAAAACGAACGCGCCGUGCCGCUCCCGCAGUCCUCUGCCUGCUGAUUGGACAGAGAUGCCAGCCGGACUGCAACCCCUGCCAGGACCCUGAUGUCUCAGGAGAUGGGAUCUCUCUCUCUUUCUCUCUCUCGUUUUUUCUUUCUCUUCUUUUUAAUCACUUGCAGCCAAACCUUGCCCAGCAGCUGGGCGUGGCUACUCGGUGAUGAGCAAAGACUCCAGGAAGAUGCUGUGACUACGUGCAUGUUCUGCUGUACCUCCACACAUUUGUUUCAUGCUCUUCAAGUGCUGGUUUCUACCGGCUGCCAUUAUUGCUGAGUGGGACGGAUCAAGUGGGAUUUUGUACAUGUAUUUUCAACCGGGUAAAGCAGGACGCGUAGGUCUUUACAACCGACCGGCGCUGUGGUCGCUGUUGAGCGGGCCGUCAUGGUUGAGAUGUUAAGCAUAUCUUAUGAAGAAGCACUUGACCGAGGUCAGAGGGCCGUUGCUCUGCAGGCUGGGCGUCAUGCCGGGAUUCAACAGCCAAUCUGCUGAAGGAGAGAAAAGUCGAAUCUGCCAAAUUUGUUGCCAAAAUUGUACAACAUUAUCUCUGCUUGGCCGGUAACUCUCCGGAUUGAAACAACAUUUUAAAAAAGCACUUUGAUCUGCUAUUACAUUUUUCUUAAACGAUAAUAACUUCCCUCUCCUGUCCGACAGUACUCCUUUAUUGCUGUUUUUUGCUCGCUACAGCUACUCGACGUUGCAAUGAACGUGCCGGUCCGUCGCGGUUAAAAAAAUUAAAAUGCCAAAUUCAAUCUAUGAAGAAGAGAGGGGGUUGAAGAGAGGGAGAGAGAGAAGAAGUCAAAUAUAAAGUCCAUAUCUAUGAGGUCUCUAUCGGGGUUUGCUAUGACAUCUCUACACAAGCAGAGCAUUUAUGGACGCACCAGUUGUUCUUUUCUAUGGUUGAAGACAUUCGUCAUGUACAAAACAAGAAGAAGCUGCUAUUACUUAUUUCUCUUUGUGGUUGUAAUAUAGUUGAUAUAUAUAUAUCCCCUAUAUAUAUAUAUAUAAGAGAAGAAGAAAACAAAUCUCCUUCAGGUUGGCUCUAUGAACGUUUCCACUAAGGUCUUUUUUUUUUUUUUUUUUUUUUUGGUGCUUGUAAUUGUGCAAAGUAUCUGCAUUUCGUGUCGUGUGUUGGUGUAAAGGUGCGACAGUUUGCCUUGUGUGACUUCUCCCUCCCCCCGACGGAAGGACAGCGAUGAUCAAGGUCCUUGUGUCCUCUGGGGGUCACCGCUCAACACUCCAGAGGUCGGGGAUCACUUCUGAGUCUAAAUCUCAGGUCAAGGAGAAAAUUGAAAUCCUUUUCUACUGCUAUAUUUUUUUUGCGCGCGUGCACAAACCUGAUUCUCUGUGCCUCUCACUCAUUACUUCAUGAUCCUUGAUCACUCGUCAAAAGCAGCGUUUUUAGGACGGGGUUUUCAGUUUUGGUUGAGUCCUUGCAUAAACUGUCCGGAGCCCCAACUCAGACAGUCUAACAGAAUCAGAUCUAGCUGAAUACACUGAUGAGUAAUAUUGCUAGUUAAUUAGGGUGGAGGUACUUUAUGAUCUAUGCUCCCCCCCCCCCCCCCCCCGGUUUAUUUCUCUCCAAUCGGUUGUUUUAUUUAAAAAAGAUUUUAGAUGAAGAGAAAAGCUCCAUUUCGAUUACUUAACUAACAAUAUUAUUUAUUCUUUUGUGCAGUAAUAUUCAAUCAUGUUUUUUUUCUUCAAAUUUGGUCAUUUUCAGGGCUCCAAUUGUUUUCGCUUUUGUAAAAAAAAAAGUUUAAAGUACAAAUAAUUACAAAAUAGUAUUUAUUUAAUGUAGCCUUAAUUUACUUUAUUUAUGUUAGUCGGACAUUUUCACUUUUCAGUUUGCUGCUGGAGUUAUCCACAUUUUCUAUCUUCAUUUUCCCUACGUUUUUUUUUUUUUUUUUAGCUUUAAAAAAAAAAGGACAUCUCACAACUGAGGAUGACUCGAAAGAGCAACACAUGUUUACGGGGCUCUUCUUCUCUUCUCCUGAACAUGUUCUAUUUUUUUUUUAAAUAUGCAAAAUCUCGAUCCAGCCAAGGCGUUUGACCUGAUUAGAGAACGAACUGGUUCCCAUCUCGGUGCAGACCGACUGCUCAUCAAGGUUAACUGAAGAAUCACGUCCCACUCGAACAUAUAGGGGUUUACGACCAGAGAGGACCACACGGAACAACCUCAAACGGUUUGGAUUCCCAGCCCGGAUGUUAUAUGUAUUUCUCUUUUUUGUUUGAUAAUGUAAAUCACUGUACAAACUCCCCUUAUCCACCCCCAAUGGUUUUAUGUUUUUUUUUUUUUUUUCUAUCUUGGGGAGAAGGUUUUGUUCAUUCCUUCAACCAUCCAUCUACCUCACCUUUUUGUUUUUCUCCAAUCAAUUUACAGAAUGUCCAGAGAAACGAGACAUAACAGGCGCAGUGCUGUUAAUGUGGUCAAACUCAAACCACAAACCUGAGCAUACAGUUGGUGCCUCACUGCGCCCUGCAUUGUUUGUAUGUAUUCUUUUCAAAACUUCCUCCAGUGUGACCACUUGGUCCUCUAAUAACACUUGAUACUUUAAAAUCCACAUGCGAGUCCAUUUUGAUCAUCGAAUGUUUAUAAAAACAUUCUACUGCGUCCUUUCUGAGGUAUUCGAGAAAGAAAAUCUUCCUCAAGGUUUUCAGUGUGAUCGUUUCAUUUCCACUGCAAUUCUUGCGGGGCUUAUUGGAUCGCGUUCAGCUGUGAUCAGUGUGUCUGGUUGGGACCGUUUACACUGGUUAUCUUUAACACAGCGAUGUGCAUCUCCCAUUCAACAGGGCUCUAUUUUUAAACGUUAAAUCGGAAGCUGUUGUUGUCCUCGUCGAUGAGUGGAGUUAAGGACUUUAUGUUUCUGAUGCAAAUUUCCCCCCAAUUUUGGCACUGUUCCUUGUGCCUCGACCUGUUGCCAUGGCGAUCAUAAUCCCAGUAAAAGCAGCAUCCUUCUCCCUCCCCGUACACAACGGCGUCAAGCUGGCAGUGACUCCUGGUCCUGUUCACCCUGUCUGACCACAGCAGACCGGCCGGUGCCAUGUCGGCACUGAUGGGAGAUCAGGAUGGUAUUUCAGUGUUUGUGGUCUGAUUUUUACCACUUGAGCGCCACAGGAUGGACAUGAAAUCAAAUGCAUUUGUCCGUCACCCCCACCCUCUCUUCUUGUUUUGUUACAUUGAUGGCCCAUUUGUUACUGAGAUGUUGAUGUGCGUAAGUUAUGCAUAGCCUUCCAGCUCCUGCGUUUUUCUAUUGAAAUGAUUGAUUGAAGUUUCAUUUUUGAUUUUCUUUUGUACAUGCCGUUUUUUUUCUUCUUCUUGUCAUCAAUAUAUGCUGAGUACUGGGGGGGGGAGAAUGAUUAGCUGAAGUAAAGGAGACGGUUUGUUUUCGCUGAUUCUUUUUUUUCCUUCUUUAUUUUACACAAGAUUUAAGAUGAAUAAAAGUGUAUGCAAACUGUU